AUGGAAAUUGAGUUCUGUGUGGAUUGCAGGGAACCCAGAGAAGUUGUGAUCGACCACCAGUCGGGUGACACAGUCUGCACCGACUGUGGUUUGGUUCUUGGAGACCACUGCGUCGAUGUCACCCCCAAGCGGCGAAAGUUUCAUGAUCAGAACCCCGGGGAAGACCGAAGUCGCGUGGGCGCUUCCUUGGAUACUUUGCUGGACAAUGCCGUUCUUACCACUUGUAUCUCCAAAGACACGAAGCAAGACAAGAAGAAGGAUAAUGUCGAUGGCAUUGCUCCUCCUAGUAACCAGUUGAACAACGCCGUGUCAAACCCCCAAAAGUCUCUCGCAAAAGCUACCAAAUACCUCGAAUCCAUGGCUUGUUGGCUAGACAAACAUGGCCUUCCCGAUCAGGUUCUACAUGAUGCCGAAGCGUUAUACAAGAAGGCCGUUGAUAAGAAGAUUCGUAGUGGGAGAAAGUUUUGUAGGGGGAGAAAGUUUGAGGUUAUGGUGGCCGCUUGCCUCUUUCUUGCUUGCCAAGAAAACAAUAACUCGCGAACACCCAAGGAAAUCGCCAAGGCUGCCAACGGACCUUCUAGGAAAGAAAUUAACAAAAUGGUAAAAGUCUUGGAGAAAGAGCUAGAGAUCCGUGUUAGAGUUUGA